UUCUAGAUUUUCUUCGCCUUACAAGCUAAUGUUUGAUAACAACAGAGUGAGGUUGCAUAAAUUGUUAUACCGUCUUGAAGGUUAUAAUUCAUAAUUGUAAAGAAAUAUAUUUUUAGCGGAAUGGUUAAUCUCGGACUGAGUAAAGUUGAUGAUGCAGUUGCAGCGAAGCACCCGGGUUUGCAGCAGUAUGCCGCCUGCCAGUCUUAUGCCUUCAUGAAAGGCACAGCAAGCUUUAUACUGGGCACCGCCAGCUUAUUUUUUGUACAGCGAGCACUUCAGAAAAGAAUGCCUUAUCCGUUGCAGUGGAAUCUUCUAGUGUCUAUUGUCGCCUCUUCUGUAUUUAGUUAUUCAGCUGGGAAACGAGGAAGUGCUCAGACUUGUGGUUAUUCCUUGAGACAGGAAAAGUUCCUGACAGAAACUCUCCCCAGGAGGAGACUUUAACUCUGACAUCACAUGCAAAGCCCAAAGUCACACAAUUUGGAGAUGUGAUGGACUGAGCUCAGAGAUGCUGCAGUGGAUUUUUACCUUUGUGUAAUAUUCUGAGUGUGCAAUAAAUUGUGUUUUAUUCAUAUUCAAGUUAAAUUGCAUUGAUUUUAAAUCGAGGGAAUUGUGAAUUCAGUUUAGUACUGCAUGAGAAUUUCAAUUCAGUACUGUGUGAACCCGAACUGUACAAACCUGGAGUUAAAGAAAUGUUUCAAUGUGUCUGUCAAUAAAUUAUUUAACACAUCUUUGUCUUCUUUUCAAUCUAGUUUGCAUAAUUAAAUGUUUCUGAAACUCCUUAAAGUGUAGUCCAAUAGCAUGAUAGCUGAAAGCUAAUCUAAUAAGCUAACAAAAUAAGCAGUUAACAUUUAUAUUUUAUAUAGCGUACUACUUAAUUUUAACAACAGAGAUAAUUGGCCGAUACUGCACAAAUUUUGUUUGGUCAGAUAUAAUAUGUAACAAAUGUUUUAGUAUUGUUGUUCACAAACUAAUCACAAAAAAAAACUGUUCUAUCAAAUAUCUGUUUGAAUCUAAAGGUUGAAUUUGUAAGAUGUGGGUUCAUGAAAAUAGGUUUGUUUUCUAAAACACAUUUAUUGAAAUGCACUGUAAAUUGCUUUAGAUAAAAGCUCUGCCAAAUGUAUAAAUGUUUAUUUAAAUUAGUAAAUGCCAUGUGUAUAGAGGGCAUGUACUGUACAU